UUGACAUCAAAACACAACACGUGCUGCUAUCGCAGAAGUUUUUCAUCUUUUCAUUUUAUUAUAAAAUCCUUUAAAUUAACAUCAAAUACACCUAAAAAUUAGAUGGCAACUAAUAUCAAACUGAAAGAAGCUUUCGAAGCUGAGUCCCAAUUCGGUGCUUUCUACACUGGAGGAACCGUCGCCUGGACAUCUAAUGGAGAGGAAUUCCUUUGCCAAGAUGUUGGCAAAAUCAACGUUAUCAAUAUCGAUGCAGGGAAUGUUGUUAAUUCUAUCGGUGAAGUGCAAUCUACAGAUUUGGAAGAGGAUGUUGUGUAUACGUUCGCUUUAAGUGCCGAUGACUUGCACGUUCUAACUGCUCACAAAAGUGGCCUCUUGAAGAUGUGGGAGAAACAAACAGGUACAUUGGAAAAAAUGUGGAAAAGUGCUCACAAAGGUCCUGUUGCCAGAUUAGCUUUUCGUAGCCGAGGAGGAGUUGUUGCCUCUGGUGGGUCAGAUGCGUCGAUUCGAAUUUGGGACUAUGAGCGAAAGACAUGCCUGUGUGCUCUGCACGAAAGCCAAGGAGUGGUGGCUCUGGUGGUGUUCCAUCCAGACACAGAAAAUACACUGGUAUUUGGUUCGGGAGAUGACAAUAAGAUCAAUUGUUGGGAUUACGCCACCAAAACUCUUAAAACCACUUUCACCGGACACUAUUCCAAAGUCACUGCUAUCUCCUUUGAUCCAGAUUCAAACAUCUUGGCCUCUGUGAGCAGAGAUAAGGUCUUGAUCCUAUGGAAUGUCGAUAGCGGUGCACAGGUAAAGGUACUUCCCCUGUACGAAGGCCUGGAGGGAGUUUGUAUCCUCCCCAAGACUCUAAAGCUGCCAAAUGGAUUUGACUUAGCUGCAGCGGAAAACAAAGGUAAAACAUUCGCUGCUGUAGCUGGAGAACAUGGUUGCAUUCGCGUUUGGAAUUGCUCCGAUGCCAAAAACAUAUACACCCAGACGAACAGUUCUGUUUCGAAAGCUUCCGAAGACGGAGGCCUAGCAGUCACUCAGUUGCUGCAAUGCCACAAAACCAACCAACUGGCUAUGGUAACCGCCGAUCACAACAUCAUGGUGCACAACAUCUCCACUUUUCAUUGUGCGAAGCAGUUGAUCGGUUUCAGUGAUGAAAUACUUGACGUUUGCUUUGUAGGCAAGAACUCCCGCUAUUUGGCAGUGGCCACAAACAGUUCUGACAUCAAAUUCUACGACACAACCAACAUGAAUUGUUCCAUUCUCAAAGGACACUCUGACAUUGUACUGGCUCUGGCUUCACACAAAAACUUUUUGCUCUCCUCGUCCAAAGACAACACCAUCAGGAUCUGGGAGCUUGAUCCCGGAUCUUUUAGUGUUAAAUGCGUUGCUAAAGGAACGAAGCACACCUCAAGCGUGGGUUCGGUGGCAUUUGGCAGAGUCACACAUACGAUAUGUGCCUCGGCAAGUCAAGAUACGUGUCUUAAGGUGUGGGAAGUGCCGAAGAAGUUUGCAAAUAGUUCGACCGAAGAAGUGGAUCUACAUCCUUUGGUGUGCACAACAACGGCUAUUGCCCAUGAGAAGGACAUCAACUGCGUGGCCAUUUCCCCCAACGAUCUUAUUGUCGCCACAGCUUCGCAAGAUAAAACAGCAAAGCUUUGGGAUAGCAAAACCUUGUCUCUGCUCGGAGUUCUCCGUGGGCAUCGUCGUGGAGUGUGGUGCGUUCGGUUUUCACCGAUUGAUCAAAUUCUUCUGACCACUUCGGCUGACUGCAGUCUUCGGAUGUGGUCCCUGACCGAUAUGACUUGUCUGAAGACCAUCCAAGGCCACGAGAGUUCAGUUCUGCGGGCGGAAUUCAUUUCCAAGGGUAUGCAAUUGGUAUCGGCAGGGGGCGAUGGACUUAUAAAACUUUGGAACAUCAAAAGCAGUGAAUGCACCUUGACUUUGGACAAACACGAAGCACGGAUAUGGACACUGGCGGUGGCCCACGGAGAAACACAUUUCUUUAGUGGAGGAGCUGAUUCGAAAUUGAUUCGAUGGAGGGACGUAACAGAGGAGAAAAAACUGACUCAAAUCCAGGAGCGUCAAGAAUUGGCUGCCCAGGAGCAGGAACUGAGCAAUCUUAUAGCUCAGAAAAAAAUGUUAAAAGCCCUUCGAUUGGCUUUGAAAUUGGAGAAGCCCCAUUUGACUCUAAAAAUCAUCAAUACCGUUAUCAAGAAUAAAGAAACCGGCCUUGAAGAAACCAUCCGGUCACUUAACGAACUACACAAAGAGAGUCUAAUGCGACAUGCGAUAACGUGGAACACCAACAGUAGAAAUUGUCGACCAGCACAGUUGGUAUUGAAUAUUCUGAUAAAUUUGGUGUUGGCGAAGGAAUUCAAACCAUCGGGCCUGGGAAAGAUGAUAGAAGAGACCUUACCCUAUACAGAGAGGCAUUUUAAGCGGAUGACGGAGUAUUUGAAGGAUUUAAAAUUUAUUGAAUUUACACUUAAGUGCAUGCAACCUCACGGUGGUGGCAUGGAAGUAGAUGACGUAGACAAAUAAAAUAUUUUAAGAUAAGA